ACAAUGGCAGAAGUCGAUCUUGUCAACAGAGAUCCCAACAAUCUGAAUGAUCACAUUAAGGUCCAAUUUGAAGAUGUGCUGGCCGAACCCGAGGGAGCCCGCAGUAUUGACUGCGUGUGGAAGCUCUCAUACACCUGUUUCAACCUCUGGCUCGGGAUUUGCUACAAACUCAUGACCCUCUGCUACGGAAUCUGUAUCGCCGCUGAGUGGGGAUGUGAAUUUGCCGCUAUUGCUUUCUAUCAUAUCUGGUACAUCACGCCAAUGUUGAGAGUCUGCGAGAUCAACUGCGCCGUGUUUACAAAGAUCACGAAGACCUGCUUGAGCUGUUGUAUAGAGCCAUGCUGCGAAGCCUGCGGUGCUAUCUUUAUUCACUUUAAGAAAUAGAAGCUUAAACGAUUAAGCGUUCAGUUCAAAAUUUACAGCAACUCAGUGUACUUUGAAUUCUGCGCAUAUUUUGAACAACGCCUAUGUUGUCAUUUGUUGUUGUUGUUGUU